ACAUUCCCUUGCGUUGGCAAAUAUAAAAUCCAGGCGCUUCACGGCCAUUUUGUGGCAAUAUCAUUAGUUUUGUGUUCUUUAGUUUUUCCAUAUAAGAUAAGAACUCUUUGAAAUUUCAACAUGGCUCUGGUAUUAAUACUUUUGAUUUGUAUGUUGAUGCUGGCAAACAGUUUCAACACACAGCAUACUAUUGAACCUCAACCAAACUUUGAUCUGGAGAAAUUUGCAGGUGAAUGGUACCGGGUUGGACUUGCAGAUGAGUCGCCCUUGUUUGCAAUGUUCAAAAACAAAGUAAAGGUUUCUAAAGGUUCUGUGGUACCAAAUGUUCAUGGAAAUGCGAAUCUUACCAUGUGGACAAUGAGACCAUUUGGAUGUGCCAUUAGUGUUUAUACAUAUGAGAAGACAGAUGUUCCAGGAGAGUUCACUUACUUCAGCAAAAGGCACAAAAUAGUCAAAGACAUCACAGUGGUGGAGACCAAUUACACUGAUUAUAGUUUGGUCCUUAAAUAUAAGAACAUGGACAAAGAGUAUACUCAGUUAGCUCUUUAUGUACGGUCAGCAACACCAAGACCAGAGAUAGUUGAGAAAUUCAGAUCUUAUGCUUUGUCACUGGGCUUUUCUGAGGAGGCUAUCAUCUCCCCAACAGAUGUUGAUCCUUGUCCCAUUCUAGAGCCAAGCCAGCUGUGGAGUGAAACCUUUGGUUACAUAUAUUCAGUUUUGUUACACAUUUGGGGAACAGUGUUUUUUUUAACGAAAACAAUCAUUGGAGAAAUGAAGCAAUAUAACAUUGGCAAUGUAACACAGUUUGUGCUGCAGUCUUAAAAUCACCAGAUGGCGCUGUUGUAACAAAACACAAUCAACCAGCAACCACGUCACCUCCGGAUUUCAUGUAUUCAUACGACACAUUUCUUUUUACACCUGAACAGUGCUACUAAUAAUGGACAUGUAUUACUGUGGUUGGGUUAAAUGUUUACAGAUCAUUUGUCAAAUUAUUGUGAUAAUUCCACAGUUCCACUGUAUUUUGGGAUGUUUAGCGACUGUUGACUGCUUUUGCAAUACAAAGACCCAGAUACUUGUUUUAAGUUGAUGAUGCCACAUGUUGCCACACAAAUAAUUCAUUAUCAAUAAGACAGUUUAAUAAAAAUGAUAAUACAUUACAUAGAUUUAUAAUAAUUACAAUUAUGAUUGUAUGUUGUUAGAACUGUUAUUUGACAGUUUUGACAAGGAGCACAUUUAGAGUGAUUCUCACAAAACCUGUCAAGAAAAUGGCAUGGUUAUAUUUUACUCAAAAAUAAUAAUAAUAAUAUAGGAAUUCUGUAUAUUAAUAGGAAGUAAAAUUUUCUAUAUAUAUAAAUGAACCCACUUUUAAGGGUCAUUUUGUUUUGAUGUUGUUGUUUUGGGUUUUUUUUUUUUUUUUUGUGGUUUUUUUUUGUUUUUUACAUUAUUUUCAUGAUAGUUACGCACAUUUUACCCCCCCCCCCCAGUUAUUAUAACCUCAAUGCAAAAAAAAAUAAAUAAAUAAUAAUAAAAAAAAAAAUGGUCUGUAUGAUAUAUUAUUUAAUUUGUAAAUAUUUAAACAUCACAGGAGUACUUCCUUGGUACUGCCUUUAAUUUUCGUUUUUAAUAAAUAAAAAUGGUAAUGAGAAUUGGGGGUUCAAAUAUGCUUAAAAAGUGUCCUGAAAAUAAUGUCACAAUGCAAAAAAUCUUAAUGUCCUAAAAACAGACUUCAUUUAUUCUGUGCAAGAUAAAUGUGACCAGGACAUUUUCAUUCAAAUUGUUAUGGAUAAGGUGUGUUAGUCUGUCUUUUAACAACAUGUCAACAUUUGAAUCUGAAGUAUUCAGAACAUCACAGAAAAUGUAGUAGAUGUUUUUCACACGAUGUAAAAAUUUUAAAUGCUGGGUGUACAAAUUUUAAGAGGAAGCCAAGCAACUUAUGAAGCCAUUCAAAAUGGAUACUUCAUUAAAUGGAUAAAACAUG